UGGGAAGCAAAGUUUAGUUCUAGUCACGUGACCAUCAGUUUUCUAUAUAAGAAUCUUGUUCCUAAGUGAAUAAAUAAAUUUCAACUAUAUCUACAUAGAGACAUAAAUUCUACCAAGAAGAUUAAAAUGAUUUUCCUAACUUUAUUACUCCUGGCAACUGGUUGCUAUUCUUUCCCAACUGGAGCACCUACCGAUUCUUGCAGCGAAUUAUUGCCAAAACAUCCAAAGAGAGGAUCAGAUGGGAGUCCAACUUCGGAAAUUAUCGAACCUCAAACUAGUCCUUCUCCAUUCAAGCUUGAAGCUAAAGUAUUGAAGUGCGAUUUAAUUGAGGUUACUCUUAGUGGAGAUGAAUUUAGAGGAUUUAUAUUGAGACCAUUUGACGAAGAUGGAAAACCUUUACCUGGAAAAUUUUCAGAAGCUUCCGGUUUGCAAACCAUAAACUGUGAUAAAGAGGGAGAUACUGCAACCCAUACAGAUCGAGAAUUAAAGAAGGAUUUCAGAUUACAAUGGAAUUAUCCUGAAGGUUGUAGUAAAGAUGGUCUUAAAGUUGUUUUCAAAGGGAGCGUAGUGAAGAGCUACGAUUUGAUCUGGAAAAUCGAAUCUGAAACUGUCUCAUUUAAAGAGUAAACAUUUAAUGAUAUUCAACUUUUUAUUUUUAAUUUUAUAUUGUAAACGACAUGGAUUAUAUUUUUUUUAUUAUUU